AUGACAUCGCUCACGGGCGCGGAGAAAAUAGAUGAGCUGCCGCCCUACAGCCCGCCAGCGGCUGAAAGUCGCCGUGUCCCUUCUUCAUCAGUGCGGCGACGGCAUCAUCCGGCUCUCCAACUUUUACCCCGCAGGUCGCGAACAUUGCGCGUUCUUGGUUUAGCAUGCCUCGCGUUCAUCGUCUACGCGCAAUGGAGGCAGAUUUACCCCGUGGGCAGCGUCUCCGGGCCGGAACUUACGAUUCAUGGGCUCUCAACUCGUCAGCUGCGAGAGGAUCUGGCGACUUGCGGGAACUUGCACAGUCGACCAAUUGAUCCGCCUGGGUACGGGAGGACACGGAACGCCCGCUACGUGGACGGCAAGAAACCCACAGUCAUCAGGAACGCAACGAUUUGGAUCGGGGAGCCGGCUGAAAGGUCUGCCGACUAUUCAUGGAUUUCAGCCGACGUGUUCAUUGAGCACGGCCUGAUCAAACAGGUAGCUAAGGGCAUAUCGAUAGCCUCCCUGCCCGGAGAUGUUCUCGUCUACGAUGCCGGUGGGCGGCCGCUCACCAGCGGCAUCAUCGACAUGCACAGCCAUGCUGCAGUACAUUCACUGCCAACAUUACACGGCAAUGAAGACGUCAGCGAGCUGUCAAAAGAUAUCACUCCCUAUGUCCGAUCCAUCGACGGCAUCCAACCCACGGAUCAUCAACUCCAGGUAAUCAAGUCUGGCGGCGUCACCACGUCGUUGAUUCUUCCUGGAUCCAGCAACAAUAUUGGCGGCGAAGCCUUUGUGAUCAAGCACGCCGUCGGAACUGGUGACGGACGCAACGAAACAAGCGUACUUGAUAUGCUAGCUGACCCGGAUCGCACCUGGCGGCAUAUGAAGAUGGCUUGUGGUGAGAAUUCGAAGCAGGUCCAUGGGAAGGCAGGCGAACGUGGCCCUUACAGCCGCCUUGGUGAAAGCUGGGAAUUCCGUCAGGCUUUCGAGCACGCUACCAAGUUGAUCCGCGAGCAAGAUGACUGGUGCAGUGCUGCUGUUCAAGGCCUCGACCACGUCAAGACCUAUCUUAAGAACGAUCUGGAGUGGGAGGCACUGAUUGCUGUGCUCAGGGGCCAAGUCCAUGUUCAUGCUCAUUGCUACACCAUCAAUGACCUUGAGGCUUUCGUGGACCACACGAAUGAGUUCAAAUUCCCCAUUCGCGCAUUUCAUCAUGCCCACCAGACGUAUCUCGUGCCCGAGAUUCUCAAACGGGCAUGGGGAAACAAUCCACCAGCGUCCGCCCUCUUCGCUGACAACAUGUGGUACAAAGCCGAAGCUGCUAUGGGCUCAGAAUACGCAGGGAAACAUCUCUAUGACGCUGGACUGACGCCCAUCUAUGUCAGCGAUAACCCAGUGCUCAAUGCACAGCACGUCGUGUUUGAAGCUGCGAAAGCGUACAAGUAUGGUCUACCUUAUCACGUUGCACUAGCAUCCGUCACUACUGCCCCGGCUGAGAGACUAGGGAUGGGGCAUCGCCUCGGUAAAAUCAAGCCUGGUUUCGAUGCCGAUGUCGUCGUCUGGGACAGUGACCCAUUGAGCGUUGGGGCUACGCCAAUCCAGGUCUGGAUUGACGGUACUGCUCAGUAUGACGAACCAGUCAGGCUUAACAAGACCUACGAGGGUACCAUAGUCCCCGAUGAGCAUCUCGGUGAGGUCAUUGAGAAGCCUCACUUCAUGCGGGGCGAUGUUGUCUUUACAGGAAUCUCAAAAAUUCUACACUCCAUGACGGUGAAAGGCUUCGCAGUCGAUGGGAAAACAUACAACGUAGCCAUCUCUGACGGCAAGAUUACUUGCGUUGGAGGCUGCGAAGCCGAGCUCAAAGCGGUGUCUAGACAGGGAGGUACUCUGAUUCACCUCAAAAAUGGUUAUCUUACUCCAUCUUUCACCGCCUUCGGCUCAACUAUCGGUCUAAACGCGAUCGAUUCGGAGCGAAACACCGACAACGGUGCGGACGGGGGAAGAUUCAGCCGCGGUGUCGACGGGCUCGCCCUUGAUACAGAUAAAUUGCAAGUUGCCCAUCGCUAUGGUGUGACCCGAGCCAUCUCAGCCCCCAAAUUCACAGCUCUCGGCACGCAUCACGGCACAAGUACUGGAUUUCUCACCGGGGCUGGGACUACCCUCGACCAUGGUGCCGUAUUUGCUCGCGAUGCUGCUGUGCACUACACUCUCGAUCUCUCCGCAAAGGGCGGAGCUGAUGGAAUCUCAUCCAUCUCGGGAGCUGCUGGCGAGCUGCGACGGAAGCUUCUCAAGGCAGUCUCAUCGUUCGCUGCGAAUGACACUAUCCCUGUGGAAGAGCGGUACACGGAGACUACGUUUCUUCGAAAAGUCAUUGAAGGGCAGAUGGCACUUGUCGUGACUAGGCUCUUUUAG